GACAGCUGAAGGGCGGGUCCGCCUCUAUGUCCCUAGUUACAGUAACUAUAAAACACUCCCUCCCUAAUGCGGAGGGGAGGGCUUCAUUUUUCGCACCGAAGCACUUGGAAGAGAAAAGUCUUGUCUCGGAUCUCGCGAGAAUAGAGCUUCCCCUUAGUCCCCUCCGCGCUCCAAAACGAGGCUACGGCUGCGCGGUGAGGACUUACUGGCGGGUUUGUUUGAAAUUUUCUCCCGCCCGAGUGUGAGGUUGGGGCGAGACGAGGUGAACCGAGCCUGAGAUCCCUGAGGAAAUAGCCUGGCCUGCUGACUUAAAGGAGAUGAUCAGGAGAAGCUACUUUCAGCCUUCAGAAUCACAAAAUAAAUAACACUUGAAAAAACUUCAUCAUGGAAAAGCGAAAGACAUUUUUACAAUCUGUAUCAAAGGAAUUUGUUGAAGACUUUUUGCAAUUUGUUCAACUUGAUAGAGAUGUCUUUGACCCUUUCAACUUGAAUGAAUUAUUAGAGGAGUUACCAAGGAAACAGAAAGAAGAAUUAUGGGAAAGGCUAAAAAAUUUAUUAACAGAUGUGCUGUUAGAGACCCCAGUGGAUGAGUGGCAAAGGCAUGAAAAAGAGUGUGAUGAUCAUAUGGAAAUAGAAAAUGGCCCAGACAAGAAACAAACCUUUAAAGUCAUCUAUGCAGUUACAUAUGUGAUUACCAUUUCUUUAUCUGUAAUAAAUCAAGAUGAAAACUACAAUGCUCUUCUAGAGUGUGCAAUCAUAUUAAAUAGUAUUAUAUAUGCCCUGCCUGAAUCUGAAAGUAAUCUGCAGAAUUCCAUACAUCAGCUAUGUAUGAUUUGGUGGGAGAAAGGCCUAGAAGCCAAAGAAGAUAUGGGAAAAACUGCUUUUAUGAUACUAUUAAAAAAGAGUCUUAAUACUAAAACAGGUGCAGAUGUUUGUCGACUUUGGAAUAUUCAUCCAGCCUUACUCUGCUUUGAUUAUGAUUUGGAGGAAAGUGAUGAAAUUAAGGAUAUGUUACUUCAGUGCUUUAUGAAUAUUAAUGGUAUCAAGACAGAAAAGGGAAGACGAUUUCUUAGCUUUCUGUUCAGCUGGAAUAUAAACUUCAUUAGAGUGAUCCAUGAGACCAUUAAAGAUCAAUUGCAUAUUUUACAAAAAUCUCUGAUGGUUCAUAUUGCUGAAAUUUAUUUCAGAGCUUGGAAGAAGGCUUCAGGAAAAAUGUUGGAGGUAAUUGAAGAGGGUUGUAUUCAAGAUUUCAUGUAUCAUGGUAUUCAUCUUCCAAGGAAUUCUCCAGUGCAUUCCAAAGUACGAGAGGUGUUAAGUUAUUUUCAUCAUCAAAAAAAAUUUCGUCAGGGAGUAGAAGAAAUGUUAUAUAGAUUGUAUAAACCUAUUCUUUGGAGAGGAUUAAAGGCCAGAAAUCCUGAAGUUCAUUCAAAUGCAGCAUUGUUGUUUGUUGAAGCAUUUCCUAUUAGAGAUCCCAAUCUUAGUCUUGUAGAAAUGGACAAUGAAAUUCAAAAGCAGUUUGAAGAACUCUAUAAUCUUUUGGAAGAUCCAUAUCCUUUGGUCCGUUCAACAGGGAUUCUUGGAGUCAGUAAAAUUACUUCAAAAUACUGGGAAAUGAUGCCUCCAGUCAUUGUUGCUGACCUUCUAAAGAAAGUAAUUGGAGACCUAGCUUUUGAUACAAGCUCAGCUGAUGUCCGCUGUUCUGUUUUUAAGUGUUUGCCAAUACUUUUGGACAAUAGGCUAAGCCACCCAUUACUAGAACAGCUUCUGCCAACUCUGAAAUACAGUCUCCAUGACAAUUCUGAAAAAGUGAGAGUGGCUUUUGUUGAUCUGCUGCUGAAAGUUAAAGCUGUCAGAGCUGCAAAGUUUUGGAAAAUUUGCAGUAUGGAACAUCUUCUGUCCCGUUUGGAAAUUGAUUCACGUCCUGUGUCUCGGCGUCUUGUACACCUUCUCUUUAAUUCUUUCUUUCCUGUUAAUCAACCAGAAGAUGUAUGGUGUGAGCGCUGUGUCACAUUAAUACAGAUGAAUCCUGCUGCAGCCAGAAAGUUUUAUAAGUAUGCUCAUGAACACACUGCUGCUACCAACAUAGCAAAAUUAAUUCAUGUGGUUCGUCAUUGCUUAACUGCCUGUAUCCAGAAGUCAGUAAGAGAGAAUCUGGAAGAAGAUGAAGGAAUGGAAAAAGAGAACAUAAAUGUGCUGGAGAAUACAUUGUCAAUAAGUGAUAUACCCUCUAUGGCAGGUUUAUUGGAAGUCAUUGUAAUUCUAUGGGAAAGCAUUCAUAAAACUUUAGAACAUAAUGAAGAAGCUAAAGUUUACACCAUCAGCAAAUUUGCUUCUGUGCUUCCAGAGUACCUUAAGCACUUUACAGAUGAUCGUUGCAAGAUUCCAUUGUUUAUAUUGCUCUCUUUUAUGCCAGCCUCUGCAGUACCUCCAUUCAGCUGUAGUGUCAUCUCUACAUUGAGGAAUCAAGAAGAAGGAUCUAUAGAAGAGAAAUAUUAUACCCUAAUUGAUUGUCUUUGCUCCUGGGGACAAGUGGGACACAUCUUUGAGCUUAUUUGUGAUUGGUUGCCAGAUGGAGAGUCCAAAAACAAAAGUACGUCAGCCACUAAACGUCAUGUAAGAAUCCAGGAUUCAAAUCAGGCAAAACCUGAAUUGGCAUUGAAUUAUAUAGAGUACUUGUUGCUUCACAAUAAGAAUCGAGAUUUCCUGUUAUCUCUCCCUGAAAAGAGACUAAACAGUCUUUUGAAAGCACUUGAAACUUCAAAGAAAGAUAUUUUAUCAGUUAUACAGUCAUCUGAUGCAAAGUGUCCUAACUUCAAUCAAGCAACUUCUGUACGAGCAUUUACCAUCUAUUGUCGAUUUUGUAUUCAUCUCCACCACAAGUUUUGUUCAGAAGGAAAAAUGUAUCUAUCUUGUUUGGAAGAAACUGGAUUUUGGAUAGAAAAUCAAAUUAUACCUCUUAUUCAUGGACAAGAAGAAGAACACUUGAAGUCUUGCAGAGAAAUUUACCAGAAAACUAUUCAGGCCUAUGUUACAGUUUGUAAAGAUGCUAUAAUGGUUGGCUUUGGAGAUUCCAAGUUUUACAUGCAGCUUUUAAAAAUAACUCUUGGAAUUAUGCAAACAGAGAGAGGGUAUUUUUGCAUUCCAUCACUCCUUUGUAUUCUCAAAGAGAUGACAGCAACUUCUUUAAUUGAGAAACCUAAUUCAGAUGAAGAAAUUGAAACUUUUUUUGAUUUGAUUCAGAAAACAUUCCAGAAAAUGUUGGAAUGUGUUGCAUACAGUUUCAAAAAACAAGAAGAAGAAGGUCUACAGUUACUGCAUUCUAUUCAAGUGCCUCUUCAUGAAUUUAUAAAUGCUGUCCAGUCUUGGCAUAUGAAUACAUCAGUACACCAAGGAGUGCUUUCUACUCUCUUAGCUGCAGUAGUGGUUGAGAUAAGUCACAAAUUACGAAAGAUUUCAGAUAAAGAAGAGUUUGCAGUACCCAAAUGCCUUUCUGAUCUUCCACCAUUCUCAAGGUGCUUAAUGGGAAUCAUAAUGAAGUCUUUAAAUGUACUCAGAUCAUUCUUAGAAGAACUAACAGCAUGCAUAGCUGCUGAAGAAAUUGAAGGCAUUGUUUGCCUCACCUCUGUUGUAUAUAUGAUUCUGAUUAUUAGUAAGGGUAAAUAUAAAGAUUCAAAGGUUAAGGAUGCUGCUGCUGCUAUUCAAAGGAUACUGAACAGAUACAUGGAAAUUACCUUGGAAGAGGAUAGCAUUGAAAGGUCUCUUUAUGAAUCUUCCACUAGAACUUUGGAUGAACUUUUGAGGCAAUGACAGAGGAACUGUCUUCUUUCCAGUGUGUAAAAAAAAAGAAGAAGAAAAAGCAUUGAUUUCAGAAAAUAUUUGAAACAUAUAUUGUACAUAUUGUAUUUACAUUUUUAAGAAUCUAUACAUGGGGAGGGUACUAAGUAGAAAAUUCAUGUUUUAACUUGCAAUUGUUAUUAAAAUAUCUACAAUAAAUGUCUGUUGAUCAGUCUAGCUAUUAUAUGUGUAUACAUAUGAACAUAUUUAUAGUUACAUAAGAUUCUAAAAUGUGUCGGUAGUGUGAAAAAGAAUAAUACUUGUUUUGGAAAACUAAUACAUAAUUUAAGCCAAUAUACAAAUUAGUAAUGUCAAAAAUUAAGCAAAAAUAUAAUAGGCAAAUGAAUUGUAAGUUUAAUAAAGGAACAGCUCUCUACUUGAAAGAUAUUUAAAAAAAACUAAAUUAGUAAUUCCUGUUCUAAAGAAUUGUGUAUGAUUGGUCACAACUAUAAAAACAUAAUUUUAAAUCUGUCUUCCACAUAACUGAGCAGCCCUGGGAAAGAGUAGUGGGAAUGCCCUGUAUACCAAGAGCUGCCCUGGGGGAAUAAAACGCAAACCAAAAAAUAACCCUUUAACCUGAGCAGUAAAGGUAGAACAAAAUUCACAAAUUUGAUCACAGUCUUAUCAGGGAGGUCAAGUAUUUUGGCCUUGAGCUUCUCCCUCUACUCCUUUUAUCUAUUUUCUCUGAUGGCUGCCAUAAUUUUAGAGGGAAAUUGUGUUCAAAGUCUAUUGUUAAAGUAUAUCUCCUAGUCUUUCAAAGAGUUACCCUGACUAAUCACUGCUCUUUUCUUUGUGCUCUGUAGUGACUAUGUGGUUCCAAGAACUACAAAGAGUGACAGAAAUUAAUGUAUUGUUUUGAGCCAGCACAGUUGAGGCAGCAAUAUUCAUUCUAAUCUCCCAGCAAAGAAGAAAAUGUUAUGGGGUAACAUGUUUAGAAAUAGUAAAAAAUUGUGUUUUGAUAAUAUGAGCAUUUUGGAAUGAAGGUUUCCUGAAAGAUUCCCGAGAAAAGCUGAAUGAAACAUCUAUGAAAAUUGACCUCAUAGUCUAGUGUUGGAAAAGGAGACCAACUAGUCCAACACUCUCCUUUUGCUUAUAUUGAAAUUGAUGUGUGGAGCGAAGUCAUUUGGUUGAAGUUACAAAAUAAGUGUCAGAGCCAGGACUAGAGCUUGGCUCCUCCAGGUCCCAGGCUAGUGCUUUUGCCUUCACCAUGCUGCAUCAAUCCUGAUGUAAAUGUUUUAUCUAUCUUAACCUUUUCUUCAUUUAAAACUGCUUUGACACAUCUUAUUUUUGUGUUAUUAAUAUAAGCAAUGCAUUGUAUUGUCAGCACUUAGAUCAAUGCUAAUUAUUUUCCAUAUCUCUUUUGAAGGUGUUCUAUAGCACCCAGUGUUGCUGAUAUUUUAGUCUAUAAGUGUGACAUGUCCAAUAUUUCCAUUUGUAGAAAAAUGUAUAUUAUGUUUCUUUGGGAAGAUUAGUUGUAUUUAGUAAGCAAGGUGUUGCUGAUUGGAUGAAAUAAGUAUAUGUCUAAAAGAUUUAGAGGGAAUGAAAGGAAAAAGUAAGGUCAGAUGCCCAGAAAGGGAAUCCUCUUGUUUGACUGACAGCUGCCCCAAAUUCAGCUGCUACAAAAUCAUUCUCAACUUCUCUCUUCCACAGUAUCAACAGUCAUAGCCCUUUCUUGACAAUAGUUCAGGUUUAUUUUUGUCUUAUGCACUUAAAAAUUCCAUAAUAUUACUUGGAAAUGUAAUACUCUGCAUGGAUAUAUAAGUAAAAUGCUGAUUUAUAUUAGAAACUAAA